AUGCUGAGUUCAGAUCUGUUGCUCACACACUAUGACCCGACAGCGCCGAUCGUCGUUGCUGCAGAAAUCUCCAAUCAUGGCAUUAGUGCCGUCAUUUCGCGCACUUUCCCCGACGGGUCCGAAAAGGCGAGCAUGCACGCAUCACGAACUUUAACCUCUGCCGAGGAGAACUAUGGUCAAAUCGAGAAAGAAGUCUUAGAAAUCAUCUUUGCCGUCAAGAAGUUCCGCAAGCUGCUGUACGGUCAUCAUUUGACUCUGUUAACCGACCAUAAACUGUUACUGUCCAUCUUCGGUUCGAAGAAGGGUAUCGCAGUCUACUCAGCCAACCGACUUCAGCAACGGGCAACCCUUCUUCUCGGUUACGAUUUUGAAAUCCGCUACUGUCGUACUUUGGGCAGGCUGACGCCCUUUCUCGCCUCAUCUGUAAUCAUCAGGAACCCGAGGAAGAUGCAGUGA